GGGGAAGUUUCCUUCAGAUGAAUUUUCAUGAAAUAAGUUUAGAACUCAUUAGUAUUAUGUUCAUACUGUACAGAAUGGCGAUUAAUGAAGUCCUAGUCGAUUUUAUUUUUAAAAUAAAGCAGUUUCUAAUUUUCGAGGCGGCAAACUGUGACGUAUUUUCUGAAUGUAGUCUGAAUAUAUCAAACGAUUAGGGUUAUGUACGAAAGAUGAUACGAGUGUAUGUAGCUGUCGAACGAAAAAAAUAGAAGAAGAGGAAAACAUAACCUCAAAAAUUCUCUAUUUUCAUUAUUAUAUUUUGUUGUUGGUUGAUGUAAAUACCGAAUUUUCUUACUUGUGUUCAAUAUUCUGAUUCUACUUUUGUGUGUCCAUUGAUUUUGUGUAAACCUUCCUGUAGUGAUAUCAGGGAUAUUUUCAUCUGAAAAUCAUGAAUGUUCUAACAUAUUUUGUGAAGGGUUCGUCCGACAACCUCCCACAAGUGGACUUCAAUAUGAUUCAUGAAUUUUAUAUGAAUAACAUGGAUUACUUGUUUGCUGAAUCUCGAAACACGAAAAAUUCGAGAGCAACCAGAUCUUCUUAUGGUGAUAAUGCAAUUGGAUAUGUCCAACUCAAAAGAGAGUCUCAUAAAUGUACAGUGAAAGCUCGAAUAACACCAGAACAUAGAGAACAUGGCAAGAUGUAUGCUGUAAGUGUUGUGGUGGAUGAAAAUGAAAACAAAAUUCUAUCCAAUUAUUGUGAAGACUGUGCAGCAUCUUAGGGAGGGUGUAAACAUGCCAUCGCAAUUCUAUACUGGCUGCAUAAAAGACAUGAAGAACCCAGUGCCACCUCUACUGAAUGUUAUUGGAACAAACCGAAGCUUUCAAAAGUUGGCUCAACUUCAAAAUGGAUAAAAGCCAUAGACCUUGGAUCAACUCCCUUAAGUGUUGAUGUUCCUAGUGAAAGUAUUUCACAUUUCUGGGAAGAUAUGGUUUCUACAGCUAAAGUUAAGAAAUGCUCUGGACAAAUUUUCAAUUACUUCAGUUCGCCACCAGAAUCCAUGGUUUGUUUAUCUUCGCACCAUCUAUCGGCCAAUUUCAUGAAAACAACUACUGGAGUAUUGAAUGCCUCUGAUUUUUUGUUGUUUUGUGAAAAUCAAAUGGAUAGAAAUGUUUGUGAAAAGGCUGCCAUAAACACAUCCAUCCAAUCCAAGUCACCCUUGUGGUAUGAACUAUGGUAUGGUAGGAUAACAGCUUCCAAGAUUUUAUGAAGCAUCCACUUGUUCCACAUUCGAUGGCUCUUUGAUUGAAACAUUAUUUGGAGCAUACAGUAUUCCAGAAACUUCUGCAAUUGCCAGAGGAAGGCUACUGGAGGAUGGAGUUCUCAGAGUAGUUGAGAAAAAAAUGGGGAUACAAUUGAAAAAAAUUGAAUUGGUGCUAGAUCGAAGAUACCCAGUUUUAGGAGCAUCUCCUGAUGCUAUAAGUGAUGACUAUGUGGUUGAAGUCAAGUGCCCUAGUGAAAAUGAAACAGUAAAAAAUUAUGUUGAGGAAAAUGGACGUUUAACUCCGAAAUGUUAUGGACAGAUUUUUUUACAGAUGGUGAUGUGUAGAAGAGACAAAGGUCUAUUUUGUGUAGCUUCUCCAAAUUUUGAAUCUAAUAAUGAAGUUCAAAUAAUAGAGGUGGAGUUAAAUGAAGUGUUCAUAAAUAUUUUGAUAUCCGAAGCCAUGGAAUUCUGGAUGAUAGCUAUAUUUCCAAAAUUAAUAAAAUGAUGAUGAU